UGCGAAAGGACACCUGAAGGUGUGCUUGAGAGGAGCAGUCAUGGAGUCCACACUGGCACCAGUGGAACUACGUACAUCAGCAGCUGGAAAAAUGACAAGAUGAAUGGCACUGGAAGGAUAGAACAUCCUUCUGGGGCGGUUUAUGAAGGCAAGUUCAAAGACAACAUGUUUUAUGGAGCUGGAACCGACACGUUUCCAAAUGGAGCAAAGUACAUUGGAACAUUCAAUGAAAACAGGACAGAAGGUGAAGGAGACUUUACAGAUGAAUGGAGUGGCAUAUUUCAUGACUCAGCAGCAAUGGGACUGAAGCAGAAGUUGAAAAUGUAG